AUGGAAAGGCCGAGAAAUGAGAUGGCACAUGACGAUGUUUGGGAUGACUCCGCCCUGAUCAGGUCCUGGGAUGAGGCUUUGGACGAGUACAAGAAAUACCACAGCAUUCAUGCUAGCGGAGGAAAGCUAGAGGACCUUCCCGAGUAUUCACAGGAUGCCAAGCCUGAAACGAGCGACACACACCAUCAGUCUGAACCCGUCUGGUCGUCUGCGGCACUGACAUCGGACCAAAAUACACCCUCGAACCAGCAGCCACAGGAACACGGCGAGGAGAUCACCGCGGGAAGCACAGAUGAUGCUACCAAGGAUGGCAUGAACGAUGGCGUGGCCAGCAGCGUUGGCGACGGCAGACACGCCGGCGAGAGUCAUGGCGUCGGCGCCGGAGGAAACGACAUGGCUCCCCCUCAGGUUCUGCUGGGCUCUGUGCAAGAUGAAGGCUUGAAGAGGCUUCUCAUGUCUUGGUAUUACGCGGGAUACUAUACGGGCUUGUAUGAGGGCAAGCAGACCCACCAGAACCAGCAAUAG